AUGCAUACACAAUGCAACACACAAGGACCACUCUCAACCCUUCCUAAAGAACUAUAUCUCGCAAUAUCCGAUUUUCUCCCAUCACCAUCUGACCUAAAUGCCUUCACCUGCAUCAACGCUACAACCUACAACCUCCUAAACACCACCCUAUAUAAGCGCGAUGCAACCUCGCCAAAUCCGAAAUCGCUCUUCUGGGCUUCAUCAACCGACACCGCAUCAACAGCCCUAAAAUCCCUUUCUGCAGGCUUUGACAUUCAAUCAAGAACAGACAUCCACCCCCGAAUAAAAGGCUGCACCCCAAUAAUGCUAGCUGCGCUGCAUAAUAGCAUCGCGGUACUCAAAUUGCUCUUGCUAAACGAUGAAGCAAACCCAAACACCCGUGAUAGAAAAUGGAUCCGCCCGCCACUAUCUUGGGCUGUCAAAGAGGGCCACUCAGCCAUAGUGCAGAUCCUGCUGAAUGAUGACCGUACAGACGCCAACUUGCAAGAUAAGACAGGCGAUACCGCGCUUAUGAUUGCCGUCAAUCACCAGCCCAAGAUGAUGACACUGCUGCUCUGUAGCGAGCGGGUGGAUCCGCGCGUGCCAAAUAGGCAGGGAUGGACGCCGCUCAGCCGGGCUGCGCGCGAAGCAGAUGGAGACGUGGGUUUGCUACUUGCUAAGCAUUUGCGGUUGAUUCUUGACGGUGACAAUGGCGCUAUGCAUUGCCAGCAUGUGUUUUUCUAUGCGGCUAUCAUGGGGCAUGUUGAUAUUGUGCAGUAUUUGGUUCAGUACUUCGGGGAGAAACUUGAUCCCAACGCUGAGGGACAGAAGUAUGGGCGGGGAGCGUUUUCAAUUGCUGCUUCCGCGGAGCGGGUGGACGUUGUACGCUUCUUACUAGGGUGGGAGGUAACGGAUCCUAAUUUACAGACGCAUUGGAAGAGGCAGACACCUUUGUUCGUCGCUGCGGAGAAUGGACACGAGGAGAUUGUGGACUUGCUGGUUGGGUGUGAGAGAGUUGAUUUGGAAAUUCCUGAUAUGCAUGGGACUACACCGUUGGGGGUGGCGACGGAAAGAAACCAUGAGGGGAUUGUUAGGCGGUUGUUGACUGGGUCUAGGCGGGCUGAUCCCAAUGCUUGUGAUGAGAACGGCCAGACACCGCUGUUCAAUGCUGCGUUUUAUGGUCACAUAGGUGUCGUAAAGCUACUGCUUGAGGCGCAUGGAAUUAAUCCACAGUUGUGUGAUACAGAUGGGAAGACGCCGUCACAGGUGGCAUCGGAGAAUGGCAAUCACCAGGUAGUGGAGGCACUACAGAGGUACAUAAGCAACUCAUCAUGA